AUGAAGGCAAACAAAGGGCAUAGCAGGUGCCAGAAGAAAGCAUGUCUUCCUCAAAAAGAAGAACCUAUGUCUGAUAUAAGCAUACAGGAAUCACCCAGUGCUUCAAACAACAAAAGAGUCAGUGCCUCCAAUGCCAUGGUAUCAGGCAAAACAAAUUAUCUAAGAGGAUGUCCCCUCCCUUCUAGAAAGGGACAAAAAGUAAGAAAAAAUUUAAAAAGAAAAAAAAGAAAAAAAGAAACAUUACUUCACAUUUUUGUUUAUUAUAAAAAGGAAGUUCUACAUAAGAGCAAACCAACUGUGCCACAAGAAGCAGAUGAGCACAUAGUGCCAGCUGAUGUAGGUGAACCAACUGUGCCACAAGAAGCAGGUCCUACAGCCAUACCGGAAAAGGACCACAAACAAAACAUAGAUGUGCAUUGUGUUGAUGAGAAGCAAGAUGGGAAAUGGCUGCCAUGCCUCAACCUCACACAAGAACAUAAGAACAUUAUAAUGAGUGAAAAUUGGUUGGAUGACACAAUAAUAGAUGCUGCCCAGAAGCUUCUGAAACAGCAGUUUGAUAUGGAUGGCUUGCAGAGCUGUGUGCUGGCACAACUUGGCAUGAAGCCUGUGACCAGGGAAGCUGUACAAAUACAUUAUGACACAGAUCGUCACCACUGGUUCACAACGUGCUUCAAAAAAGGAAUUGUUGUAGUUGCUGAUAGCCUACGAACAUCAUACCUCUCUCCUUCAGCCAGCAAAGAAAUAUGUGAAUGCUAUGGAAAUGUUGUUAAUAAUCCAUUGAAAAGAGUUUAUAUGCUUGAAGUGGACCAACAACUAAAUGGAAAUGAUUGUGGUGUUUAUGCGAUAGCAAAUGCCUUUGAGUUGCUUAGUGAAAGGAACGCCACAUGCACAUAUGAUCAUCAUCAAAUGAGGAAACACCUGGCCUCUUGCUUAGAGAAUGGAGAGAUCACUGAGUUCCCAAAGAGAAUUGAAAUCUAA